CAAAAAAAAGAUACCGGAUUCAUUAAAGAAAUUUACUGACAAGACUCAAGAAAGUAUUGUCCAAUGGUUUAAUACUGUAAAAGCGAAUUGCAGUGUUUCUGAGAUAGACGAUAUAGAUGAUUAUUAUAUUGAUCCAAUCUUUCUUGGUGUUCAGUCGAUUUCAGAUAAUUCCGUGAAUCGUAGACGAAUUAUCGCUGGAAAUCCAUCUGAUUCAAUUUUCAGUAUUAUUGAUGCUCCCCCUAUAGAGAAUCAACAGAUUAUUGAAGAUCUCAUUUUCUAUCUUAGGCAAACUUAUUACCAAGCGAAUCAAACUUCAUUGGGACGAGUGUUUGACAUAAAGGCUACAGUAAAAG